ACGGGGUUUUGUCGCAGCAGCCGAAAGCGCCGAAGUCCGAAGCGACCCUAGUCAUUCUCGUUUUUAUCGGCGCACUGCUGGAGCUUCGGCGAUUGGUAAAUUUUGUAGUGAGGUGAUGCCUGUGUGUUGAAAGUGCUACCCAUACUUCAGGAACCAUGCACUCUUCAGUGGGAAGAAUCGUCUCCGAUGUCUUCAGUGGGCACAAGAGGUGCAUCUUCGCGGUUAUUAGCAAGCGAAAUGCCUCCGAAGCUACCUUCCAAACCAAGCCAUACAAGCUCCACAAGUUGGACAAGGGACCAUCGACCGACGUUACCUGCACAAGAGAGGAUGGACUGAAGUUUUACAGGCAGAUGUUUGCGAUUCGUCGUUUGGAAGCGGCGGCAAACAGCUUGUACAAAUCUAAAAUCAUCAGGGGUUUCUGCCACCUGUAUUCUGGUCAGGAAGCCUGUGCAGUGGGCAUGGAGGCAGUCCUCGAGAAGGGUGACAGUGUCAUAACAGCGUACCGCGCUCACGGCUGGGCUUACCUGCGAGGCGUGAGCACACCCGGGGUUCUCUGCGAACUAACUGGACGAGAGCCAGGCUGCUCACGAGGCAAAGGAGGCUCCAUGCAUCUUUACUGUCCCGACUUCUUUGGAGGGAACGGUAUUGUUGGCGCGCAGGUCCCACUGGGAGCCGGCGUUGCUCUGGCCCACCAGUACCUUGGCACGGACAGGGUCUGCCUUACGCUGUACGGUGAUGGUGCAGCCAACCAAGGCCAAGUGUUCGAGGCCUACAACAUGGCUAAGCUAUGGAACCUGCCCUGCAUUUUCGUCUGUGAGAACAAUGGCUUUGCCAUGGGAACGAGUGUAAACAGAGGUGCUGCCUCUACAGACUACUACACUCGUGGAGACUACAUCCCGGGUCUUUGGGUGGACGGCAUGGACGUGCUGGCCGUGAGGGAGGCUACUCGGUUUGCCGUGGACAUGUGCCGCAAGGGCAAAGGACCCUUGGUCAUGGAGGUGGAAACUUACCGGUACUACGGUCACAGCAUGAGUGAUCCUGGGACAAGCUAUCGUACGCGAGAGGAAGUACAAGAAGUGAGGCAAACGAGGGACCCCAUCACUCACUUCAAGGACAAGCUCAUCAGUGCGCAGUUGGCUACAAGUGAUGAGAUAAAGCAACUAGAGUCCGAGGUGAAAGCCGAAGUGGAGGCUGCCACAGAAAUGUCAAAGACGAGCCGGGAAGUUCCGCUCGAGGAACUGUACGCCGACAUCUACGUCAAUCCACUGGUCGCGAAGAUUCGUGGAACCACCCCGUUCACGGAACACAAGCACAUGCGGAUUACGCAGCCAUUCAACCUCAAGUGACGCUGCUGCAAGUAGUGACGAUUCUCUAGGGUUUAUUAUUUAUUGCCCCGGCAUUUUCUUUAAUCCCCUGCCACACUCACUCUCCACUUUCUAAAAGUUUACUUUCGUCUUAGUCUUUUUUUAUACAAAUUUGUGCAUUUUGUACUUUAAUGUUUAUUCCUCUUUUUUUGUUGCUCACUUGAAGCCAACGCUUCUCAAGCAGUCCCUUAAAAACAAUGCAUCUGUGGGGAAGACUUUUCACUUAGCUAUUUUGCCAGUCGAAAACAUAAUAGGUGCAGGCAUUGGUGUGAAAAUAAACAGGCUACCCCCUUAUACUGUU